AUGGCGUCCCAAAAGGGCCCUCUCAAGACGGAUCGCGACAUCGAGCCUGGCAUCGAUGAUCUCAGCUCAGUAGGAAAUAUGGAAGAGAUCAAGCGCGAUUUACGUUCGCGCCAUAUCAAUAUGAUUGCCAUUGCGGGAAUGAUUGGUACCGGUCUUUUUUUAAACUCUGGCCAAGUCCUCGCCGUCGCAGGACCAGCUGGGGCGUUUAUUGCCUAUACACUGAUGGGCUUUGUCACUGCCGGUGUAUCUUAUACAACCGGCGAGAUUACCUCAUUUAUGCCAUCGACUGGGGGUUUCGUUCGUCAUGCGACAAAAUAUGUCGAGCCAGCGCUCGGUGCAGCGACUGGUUGGAAUUUUUGGUAUACGAUGACAAUCAAUGUCGCAGCAGAAAUUAGUGCCGCUGCAACGGUCAUUCAGUUCUGGAAUAUUUCCGUCAACGUUGCUGUAUGGAUUACCGUUUUUCUGGUGUUCAUUGUGAUUAUCAACUUCUGUGGAGUCCGACUGUAUGGAGAGUCGGAAGUCAUCUUUGCCUCACUGAAGAUUAUGUUGAUAAUCGGUCUUAUAAUCGGCGGUCUGGUGAUAGAUCUUGGCGGUGCUCCUAACCAUGAUCGCCUCGGCUUUCGAUAUUGGAAUGAGCCCGGUUCAUUCAAUGAGUACAUUGAUACUGGCGCAACCGGACGGUUCCUUGCAGUCUGGAAGGUACUUCUUUCUGCAGCCUUCAGUUAUGGAAACAUUCAAGUCGUGGCUAUAUCUGGAUCGGAAACCCAAAAUCCAAGAAAAGUCAUUCCGGCGGCGACAAGGAAAACUUUCUUCCGCGUUUUCUUCUUCUAUGUCCUAAACAUUUUUAUCGUCGGACUUAUAGUACCAUUCAACGACAAAGCGCUGAGUAUCUCAACCGGCACCGCGCAACAAUCUCCAUUCACCAUUGCCUUUCAACGUGCAGGUGUAUCCGCCGUACCGUCCAUCAUCAAUGCCGUCGUUUGUACCUCAGCUGUUAGCAGCGGAUCGGCCUGCAUCUUCAUUGCCUCUCGAACACUAUACGGCCUGAGUCGCGAUGGUCACGCCCCAAAGCUUUUCCAAAGCUGUAAUCGGUUCGGUACACCACACUACGCAGUGGGUUUAACAUGCCUCUUUCUACCGCUAGUGUAUCUUAACGUGGCAAAUAAUACAUCCAUCGUUUUCGGGUGGUUUGUUAAUAUCACCACUGUCGCUGGAUUGAUAGGUUGGAUUGUCAUUGAGAUUACAUAUCUGAGGUUUUAUUCAGGUUUGAAAACACAGCACAUUUCGCGUAAUGAAUUGCCAUAUCGCAGUCCGCUGCAGCCGUAUACGGCGUGGAUAACCCUGUUUGCUGUUUUCCUGGUCGUAUUCUUUUCAGGAUUUGAUGUCUUCGUGAAAGACAAUUUUACAGCUGCAGGGUUCCUCACGUCGUAUCUUAACAUAUUCAUCUUCGCUGGUCUCUAUAUCUUUUUCAAGGUUUUUCUCAAGUCGAAGAUUAUCCCAUUAUCUGCGAUUGAUUUUGAAACGGAGCUCGUAUCUAGUAGAGAGGAGAAGCAGCAAUACCAGUCUGUAGUGUUUGGGCAGAGUGACUUGGUAGAGAGUAGAUUGCCUGGCAGAUUGCUCGUUCGAGCGAUAAAGUGGUUUUAG